AUGAGCGGCUUUCUGCAGGAAUUCAAAGCACAUGUGGCAGAGGAACUUCCAAAAAAUCUCCAACCUCUACAUGAAGGCCUCACAGACCUUGCCAUGCGGACGCAUGAGGUGGAGGCUAAAAUUGAGGACACAGCAUCAGCAGUGCACUCACACGACCUGGCUAUCCAAGAACUCAGAGAACAAAUUAAAUGUUUAGAGGAGGCACAGGAGGACCUGAGUAACCGGUCUCGUCGAAACAAUAUCCUGAUUAGAGGAAUACCGGAGACCAUCUCCAUGGAACUCCUGCAACCAACCCUCACAGAAGCCUUCCAGAGCCUACUACCAGAGUCCUUAAAAGCCGAACCUCUGAUGGAUCGCGCACAUCGGGCAUUACGCUCCCCAGCAGCCAACACUCAACCACAAGAUGUCAUAGUGCGGAUGCACGAUUUCUAA